AUGCAGAGCUCUUUUAAACAGAAGGAAACUCUAGCUGACAUCUUUGCUAAAGUCAAAAUUGUAGAUGAGCAAAUGUUUGGUGUCAUAUUAGAAAUAUUAAAAAAGGAAAAAGUGCAAGACUGCAUUGGAUUUCUAUCAGACAUUGGGAAUCAAAGGCAAUUAGAAUCAUAAAUUUUACUACAAGGAGAGAUUUUAAAACAACGUGAUAAAUAAAAAUUGUCUGCUAUUGGAAAUGACAUUAACUAAAUUGCAGAUAUCUUAAAAAAAUUAAAAGAUCAUGACUUUAAUUAGAAAGACUUUUCCUCUGAAGAAAAUGAAGAAUCCAAAUUAAGUCUUAUAAACAGCAUCAAGGAUAAUAGAAGAAUAAUUUAAUUUCUGUAAUUUUUAGUUCAUCUCACAUCUGUUGAUGAAACUUUAAUAUAGGGUGGGUCUAAUUCAUUACAUUUAUUAGUUUAGAUGUAGGUAGAUCUUAGAAUCAAAAAUUUUGAAAACAUAAAAAUCUAAAAUUGUUCUUUAAUGGGAGCUAAUUUUGUUAAGUGCAAUUUAAGUGGAUCAUAAUUUAAUAAUAUCAACAUAAGUGGAAUAAACUUAAAUGGAGCAUUAUUAUUUAAUUGUAAAUGGAAAGACUUAAGAAUCCAUGAAUUGAAUAAAUUAAAUGGCCAUACUAAUGGUGUUGUAUCAGUUUGUUUCUCUCCUAAUGGAAAAACAUUAGUUUCUGGAAGUCUAGAUAAGUCGAUCCGUGUUUGGGAUGUCAAAACAGGAUAAUAAACAGCAAAAUUAGACGGUCAUAGUGAUUAUGUUAGAUCAGUAUGUUUCUCUCCUGAUGGAAACACUUUAGCAUCUGGUGGUGAUGACAAGACUGUCUAUUUAUGGGAUUCUAAAGCAAGAAAGAAAAAAGUUAAAAUAUUUGGUCGUAAUUAAAUAAUCAACUAAGUCUGUUUCACUUCUGAUGGAACUACAUUUGCAUUUUGUAGUAUUGAUAACUCUAUCCGUCUUUGGGAUGUCAAAACCGGAUAAUAAAAAGCCAAAUUAGAUGGUAAUAGUGGAUCUGUCUACUCAGUCUGUUUCUCUCCUGAUGGAAAUACAUUAGCUUCUGGUAGUGGUUAUUACUCUAUCGAUCUAUGGGAUAUCAUAACAGGAUAAUAAAAAGCCAAAUUAGAUGGUCAUAGUGGAUUUGUCUACUCAGUCUGUUUCUCUCCUGAUGGAAAUUCUUUAGCCUCUGGUAGUUGUGAUAAGUCUAUCCAUCUUUGGGAUGUCAAAACAGGAUAAUAAAAAGCAAAAUUAAACGGUCAUUGUGAUACUGUUAGAUCAGUCUGUUUCUCUCCUGAUGGAAAUACAUUAGCUUCUGGUAGUGUAGAUUAGUCUAUCCGUCUCUGGGAUGUCAAAACCGGAUAAUAAAAAGCCAAGUUAGAUGGUCAUACUCAUUAUGUCUGGUCAGUAUGUUUCUCCCCUGAUGGAAACAUAUUAGCAUCUGGAAGUUAUGAUAACUCUAUACGUCUUUGGAUUGUCAAAACAGGAUAAUAUAAAGCCUAAUCGGAUGGUCAUAGUGGACCUGCAAACUCAGUCUGCUUCUCUCCUGAUGGAAAUACAUUAGCCUCUGGUAGUAGUGAUAAGUCUAUCCGUCUUUGGGAUGUCAAAACAGGAUAAGAAAUUAAAUCCUAUGAUAAAAGUUACAAAGAUCUUUUAAUAUAAUUUAUAAUUCCACUACAAUAAAAUAGUCCUAUAUCAGAAGCUAAUAUUAAUAAUUUUAUAUUGUUAGUCUCCAAUUACAUUACUAUACUCUUUAUAUCCUAAUCCACAAUAUUUUAAGCAUAAGGAGCUCUUAUUCUAAAAGGAGAAUUCAUCAAUCAUCAAGGCAUUGAUUUAAGAAACUUUUUUAAAUCCAAAGGAAGUUGCAUUUUAGAAGACUUUUAGUGA